ACACCAACCAACCACUACUCGCGACCAACGCGCGCGGUAUCCCUCAUUGCGCGCGUGGCGGGGCGGGAACCGAGAGAGCGGGAGAGAAGAGACGAGGGACAAACCAACAGUCAAUAUAUUUACAUCAGAAAAGAGGAGACAACGACCUGAGGACCCCUACAGACGUGCGGAUCGUGAAGCAGCAUUUGACCCACUGUUGCCCAUCUACCUACAAGUACCCUUAAAGAGAUGAGACGAGUUGCCAUGGAAACUGUUCUGGUCUUCCUUUUUUCCCUCCUAGUCUAUGUGGCGGCUCUGUCUGAAUCUAACAAAGAUGGAAAAGAGAAGCCAUUGGAAACAUUUGUAUAUGACUAUGAGAGUUUGAGGAUCGGGGGUUUGGCGUUUGCUGUGGUGCUCUUUGCUCUGGGAGUGCUCCUUAUUCUCAGCCGCAGAUGCCGCUGCAGUAUAAACCAGAAGACUAGGGCUCCGGGGGAUGAAGAAGCUCAAGCAGAGAACCCCAUGGUCCCCAAGGACAAGGAGACCCCUAAAACAGAGAACUGAAACAAUCUAGUGCUGUUGAACACAUAGCUGUGGCUGAACGACUUCACUGAUGCUGCGGAUGCGGAUGAUGAUGAAGCUGAUUCCAGACCAUGGCUAUGAGAGGAUAGAGAGGAGACAGAGAUUUGUUGGGGGAGGCUGAUGACUUGGGAUUUUAAUGGGCCAGUGUCUUGUACGUAGACCUCUAGUCCUGUCACGUGAACAGUAACCGUAGUCGUCUUUUCGUCUGUGCCCUUUUGCAACAGUCCGUCUUGAGUGAAAUGUUUUAGCAAAACUAGCCACUUUCUGCAAAUCAUUCUUAACAUGUUUGGCUCCUCUCCAAUCAAACUUUUAUGUGCAGUUUAAGGAACAGUUCACCCAAAAAUGAAUAUUCUCAUUUCGUUCUAAAUCUGUAUGCACUUAUUUCUUUAUGUUGAUCACAAAAAAGAGAUCAUAUUAAAAAUUCUUCAUGUAGCCCUUAUUAUAUAAUGAAAAAACCUAAGAAAAAAAAAUGCCAUGGUUAAAUUUUUUGGAUGAACUGUAUCUCUAAAACAAUUUUGCUUUAACAUCCAACAUUGAAUAACUGCUACUGUUAUUGUUGGUAAGAACACUUGCAAUUUCUCAUUUGUGUCGCAUCUGCUGUUUUUUUUCUCUUUUAGAUUAUAUAGAUUAUAUGCACACAUAUUUAAAGUAUUUAAUUUAAGUAUUGAUUCAUAUGUGAUGCAGAAUAUAUAUUUGGAUAUACACUGUUUACAUGUGUGCGCGUGUAUGGUAGAGCUUGUAUAAAUCUGUGUGUGUGUGUGUGUGUGUGUGUGUGUGUGUACGCCCAUAUUCAGGGCUCCUUCUCCCGACAAUCUUUCAAUCAUUUUUCCCAGACCAAGCACAAAAACAACACAGUACCACCACUGUACCAUAGGGGGCGCUAUACCACUUUCCUAUGAUCAGCUGAAACACUGCCGGGCUCAAAGCCCCCAUUCGGACCCAUAGUCUAACCGUCUGCGGCCUGAGAGUGAGCCCGCAGAAGCAGUUCACUUCACCAUAGUGCCACAUACCUGUGUCCUUUACCUUGACUAUCUCACGCCUUCUGUAGCCUACGUAUUCACUUUCAUAAAGGAAUAGUUCACCCAGAAAUGUAAAUAUUUUAUUAUUGUCUACACACCCUCAUGCCAGUAAACUUGAGAUGGUUGUCGUUGUUAUGUGGAGCACAAAAAGGAGAUAUUUUGCUUAAUGUCCAAGCAGCUGUUUUCCAUACAGUAAGGUAAAGCAUAAAGUAUACUAGUGCAUGUGUAGCCAAUUUAUUUAUUUUUUUCAACGUAGUUAGUAAAAACAUGAGCACAAAGGAUGUUUUAUUCCUGUUUAGUGUCUGUGCCAUAUCUAUCUAAAAGUUGUGAGCUGAAAAGAACCUUAGUUAAAAAAAAAAAAAAAAAAGUAGUUUCCUAUUUGACCUUGAAACAACAUGCUAGGGCAGUAUUCUUCACCUGGUGGACAAACUAAAUAAAGCAAAAUAUACAUCUAGAAAAACCUUAAAUAGUUACUAUACUUUGGAAAAUUAAACAUGGUUUUAUUGUAGUGGUAUGGUUUUUGUAGCAAAACCAUAGUUAAUUUGUGCUAACCAUGUUUUAUUAUUAUUAUUAUUAUUAUUAUUAUUAUUAUUAUUAUUAUUAUUCAAACUGUGGUUAAUUUUCAUAAGGGUGGGACUUUGGUGCAAACAAAAAGCACCAGAAAACUGUAUUUUAUAUUAUGAAAUAUACACAAGGAAGGAACAGACGGAAAUUUUAAUCAUUAUUUGCUGAAAAUCUCCAAUGUAGCUUUCAAAUCUCUUUCGGCGUUCUUCUAUGUUAGUUUGUGCAUUUUGUGUGAUCAACUCUGCACCAUAUUUUAAUGUAAGCCAGCGUGAAUGAGAUUCAAGCAACUUAAAUUCCAAUCUGUAACACCAUAUCUAUGGUGAACUUGGCAUUCAAAUCACAUGAGGUUGAGUAAACAAUGGUAGAAUAUUGAUUUUUGGACGAACUAACUAUUGGGCGAACUAUUAUCACUCAUAUUUAUAAACACUAUUCAUUGGGACCAAAAUGUCGGCCUCUAAAGAGACCAACCUUUAGAUUUGUGUGCGUCUGCGUAUGUAUGUUUGUGUGUUGUUCCUCAAAUCACUUGCUGUGAUAAACCCAUGAGAGCUGUAGAAAUGUAGGUCAGUUUAUAAAGAGAGAAGCGUUUCACAGAAUAUUAAUCAAAUGUAUUGAAGAACACAGUCUAACGCUACAGAUGCUUCGCUAUCAGAGAGGAAUUUAAUACAUAUUAGUCUCAUAUCUGUGCAGCUGCUGGCCGCUCUUUGUGCUUCAAAAUAAAUAAAGUCUUUGUCUGAAACAGA